GAAAAUAUAAAAACACUUACAAGUUAGACCGCAGCCUCCGCCCCCAACCACUCACCCAUUCAAAAGGCCAAAACAACUUCACCUGCAAAGCAGCAGCAGCUGCAGUGAAACCCUAAAGGAACUCAACGAAAGAGACACAACCCAAUAUCCAUCUUCGUCCCCUUUCCUCCAAAAUCUCAUCUUUCUUAUCGUUAACGAAGAUGUCGAGGUCCUGAGGAUCUUUCACAGUCACCACCACUAAACCUCAAAGAAGCUUCCGUAUCCAGGAACCGUAAUCAUGGGAAAGACUGGAAUCAACUUGUUCGACGACACGAGCAAUGGGUUCUUCUCAGUUUCCGAUUUGGGAUCCGAUUGGAGCCUCCAGAACCCGAAUUACCGCCCAGUUGGUGGGCUAUUCGCGAGUGUUAAUCAGUUAGGAGCUGGGUUCGGGUCGGGACUCGGGUCUGGAUCUAUUCCGGAUCCUCCAAACAGAGACAACAGUAGCUUCACUGCUCAGCUCAAUGAUCUAUGCACAAAGUACUUGCCUUUCAAAGAAGUGGAGGUGGAGGAAGAAGAAGUGAUUGGUCAGAAGAAGAAGAAAGGAGGUUUCAAGCUCAAGCUUAAGAUCUCAAAUCCUGCGUUGCGGCGGCUGUUCAGCGGAGCUGUGGCCGGAGCGGUUUCGAGGACGGCUGUUGCUCCGUUAGAGACCAUUAGGACCCAUCUAAUGGUCGGAAGCGGCGGCGAGUCCACCACCGAGGUGUUCCGUGAUAUCAUGAAGCAUGAAGGGUGGAAAGGUCUCUUCAGGGGUAAUUUGGUCAAUGUCAUUCGAGUAGCACCUGCUCGUGCCGUUGAGCUUUUUGUAUUCGAGACAGUUAACAAAAAGCUGACUCCCAAGCUCGGAGAGGACUCGAAGAUUCCCAUCCCAGCUUCAUUGCUCGCGGGUGCUUGUGCUGGUGUUAGCCAAACCCUCUUGACAUACCCUCUCGAGCUAGUCAAGACCCGUCUUACAAUUCAGAGAGGUGUGUACAAGGGAAUAUUGGAUGCCUUUGUCAAGAUAAUAAGGGAGGAAGGACCGACAGAACUCUACAGGGGUCUUGCCCCGAGUCUUAUAGGAGUGGUUCCAUACGCAGCAACAAACUACUUCGCCUAUGACUCCUUAAGAAAGGCGUACCGUAAGAUGGUGAAGAAAGAGAGCAUCGGAAACGUGGAGACUCUUUUGAUUGGUUCUUUAGCUGGUGCCUUGUCCAGUACCGCGACUUUCCCCUUGGAGGUCGCUCGGAAGCAUAUGCAGGUGGGAGCAGUUGGUGGCAGGGUGGUUUAUAAGAACAUGUUGCACGCUCUGGUCUGUAUACUGGAGCAAGAAGGUCUUGCGGGUUGGUACAGAGGGCUUGGACCGAGUUGCUUGAAGUUGGUUCCUGCAGCUGGGAUAUCUUUCAUGUGUUAUGAGGCGUGCAAGAAGAUACUCGUUGAGAAUAAUAACGAGGAUGCCUGAGCUCUGUUUGUGUUACACCUCACAUGGGUACUUAUGGGUUUCAUCAUCAGACUAACACUGAUGGAUCUGGCAAACUAAAUCAGGUCAUGGUUGAUGAUUCUGCAACUAUACGUGUACCUGUUGAGACUCCACAUUCACAGUUAGGAGAUUUGAGUUUGAAAUUUUGGGCUGGCACACUAUUGAUUCUUGUGGAACUAAACAUCCAAAAGAUUCCUUUUUUAUUGUUUGAUUUGGUUUUUGUAUUGUUUUCUUGAUCUGACAUAGCUUUACUUUAUUUUACUUGCUCAAAUAAGUUGGAAAUGCAA